GCCGUCCAGUCUCCCUCGCCCAAACCGGAUGAAGUCGCGUUCCCGACUACCCCGGCUCGGCCGAGCCAGCCAGCUGCACCCAAGGAGCAGGUUCCUACCCCCUCCAGGCGGCCUUCCCGCUUCCUAUCCACCUCCUUCGGCAGGCGGAGAAGUCCCUCACCCUCGCGGACACCGUCGUCCACCAGCCCCACCUCGGACACCAUGGGCACCUCACAGCUGCAACAGCCGUCAUCCUCCUCGCGCUCCCUCUUCCCGAGUCGUAAGCCGAGUACACCAUUACCCUCGUCACUACCUAGCCCUACAGACUCCCCAUCUCGGUCGUCUCCAGACCCCGAGGUGCCCCCGUCUGUCCCGCCAUCUGCGACUAUCCCGCCAAACCCGCCAGCCACUCCGGCGACACCUGUCACUCCCAUGCCCAAGAGCGCGAAGCAUUCACACAACCCCCUCCAUGACUUGAAGCGAUUCCUCAACCAUCAUAUACCCCACUCUCAUGGAGGCUCGCCCAUAUCCACAGGUUUUGUCACCCCUGCCGCGGAUGUCAGCGUGCCAGAUUUGCGACGGAGUGCUAUCCUGGAGGCAACCGGCCUGCUUGACGUUCCCCCAGGUGCUGUCACGCCUUCCUCGUUGCCUCCCGGCACGCCCGGGACCGCUUCCGGCUCCGCUUCAGCAAACGCAUCUAGCGAUAUGUUGUCAACCCUUGGCGAUGGGAAGCACAAGGAGGGGCGUUUCUCGGCGUUGUUGCGCGGGCACAAGGACAAGGUGGGAAAGCACGAUGACGACAAAGCGAAUGGUACCGUCAAGGAGCGUGUUGCGAAGACACCUUCGCCGGGGGCGGCCUCCGCGAACAGCAAAACUAGCUCUGGCUCUCCUCCACGAUCCAUGAACUCCCGCGCCAGCCCCACCCACUCCCAGACGACCCCGUCGACUUCUGCAGUUCCCUCAGAGUCGUCGACAAAACUCGACGAUCACCAUGAUCAUCACCACCACCACCGCCAUCACAAGAAAGGUCUUUCGACCAACAACUCGUACACCGUACCUUCGUUAUCGUCCGCCACACAAGUUCAGAUGUCGAAGAAAUACGGCAAGUGGGGGCGGGUACUCGGUUCUGGUGCGGGUGGUACCGUGCGUCUGAUCAAGGCGUCGAGCAAGAACGGGGGCACGACUUUCGCCGUCAAGGAGUUCAGGCCGAAGCGCCAGGGCGAGUCGGAGCGGGAGUAUCAGAAGAAGGUCACCGCCGAGUUCUGUGUCGGGAGCACGCUCAAGCACCCGAACAUCAUCGAGACCGUCGACAUCGUCACCGACCAUGGUCACUUCUACGAGGUCAUGGAAUACGCGCCGUACGAUCUGUUCAGCGUGGUCAUGUCAGGCAACAUGACGCGCCCAGAAAUCUACUGCGUAUUCCGUCAGAUCUGCGACGGCGUCGAGUACUUGCACUCCCUAGGUCUUGCGCAUCGCGAUUUGAAGUUGGACAACUGCGUCAUGACGAAGGACAACGUCGUGAAGCUCAUCGACUUCGGGACCGCGACCGUGUUCCACUAUCCGGGCAAGAAGACGACGCUCGCGACGGGCAUCGUCGGGAGCGAUCCAUACCUCGCCCCGGAGGUGCUCGCGGAGGACAACUACGACCCCCGCAAGACCGACGUAUGGAGCGUGGCUAUCAUCUUCAUGUGCAUGGUCCUCCGUCGCUUCCCGUGGAAGAUCCCCGAUCCGAAGAGCGACCCCAGCUUCCGUGCCUUCGUACAUGCGCACCCCGACUUGUCGGCCAAGCCACCAGCGAAGAAGCAGAUCGAGGCUAAGAAGGAGGCGAACGGGCAGGGCGAGGCCAAGGAUGAGACCAAGGCGCAACUCAAGCCCGAGGAUGCCAAGUCCUCGGAGCUCACCCCUUCGAGCGCGUCCGCGCUGACGAUGACCGACUCACAUGCGCCGUCCUCUACGCAAGUGGAGAGCUCCGCCGCGUCCUCCCUCUUCGACGGCGAUGUCUCAGAACGCGCCUCCAUCGCCGAGUCAUCCAGCUCCGGCAGCACACAGCUGACUGCGCCCUCCAUGCACGCACCUCUCUCGUCGGAAGACCUCGAAGCGCAGGAGCGCAUGCUCCGCCGCAACCGCGUCCACGCGUCCCUCCAUGCCGGCGCACACUCGCAGUCGACAGCCACUCUCCCCGCACUGCUCAGCGAGAUGGAGCCCAUCACGCAUUCCGACAGCCCACAGGACAUGGACCCAUCCGUGCUCACGUAUCCGCGCCCCGGCUCGUCUACAGAGUCGCUCCCGGUGUCCCCGCGGCUCGCCCCUGCAGAGCUCAUGAAGCGCCCCUUCAUCGGCCCCACACACCGCUCUAACACCAUGCAUGCGCUAUCACCUACCGUAAAGCCGCUGGAGAUUAAGACGGAGCUCGCACCACUGAGCGAGCCGACGCCGACGGAGGAGGUCUGCGGGAGCCCAGUCAAGACACGCGACUUCGCCGUGGAGGACAAGGCGAAGGCGCUCGCGAAGGUUGGAGCGGCCCAGGACAUGGUGACGAAGGCGCAGGACUCCAAGUGCGAACCGGAGACCUCGUCCGCCGCGUCCUCUUCCACGACCACGGUCACCUCGACGUCCGCAGUCCCGACGCCGACGCGUCCGAAGGCGGAGGCGAAGGAGUCGACUGCGACCGUGCGCCGCCCGCGCCCCCGCGCGAACAGCGCCGCGUCCGUCGCGACGUUCUCCACGGGCGGCGCAGAGUCGAUCUUCCGGCUGCUCCCGCGCGAGUCGCGCCCCGCGAUCCGGCGGAUGCUGUUCGUCGAGCCGUCCGCGCGGUGCACGCUCUCGGACCUGGUGCGCGGCAAGGGCAAGUCGAACGACCUGCUCUGCGGGUGCAACAGCCACGACAAGGACAGCCCGCGCUGCGUGGACCACUGCCACGCGCCCGAGGAGGAGGACGAGGGCGACGAGUGGCUGAAGAGCAUCGUGCCGUGCUCCGAGGGCGGCGCGCCCCCCACGCACCAGCACAUCAAGGUCGACGUGGACGAGAAACACCACAAGAGGCGGUUCUUUUAGAGCCCCCCGCGCGGCGUUCGAGCCCCCGCCGCGGCGCGCCCGGCCGUCGUCGCGAUGGCACCGUGCUCACCGCCCCACGCGUCCCGCCGCACAUGCAUGCAUCAGCUUCUGCUCCCACCACCCACCACCUUCUGCUUUAUAUAUCUAUUAUUCUCUUCGCUGCGCCUAAUUCGCGCGUCCUAUUAUCUUACCUAUUUGUAUAGAGACCAGACGACGACCUGGGGCGCGCCCCGCUGCUGCCAUCUUCAUUCAUGCUUCAUGCUCCCCCCACCGCCCACCCACCCUCGCUUCUUCCAUCCCUGCUGUGAUGGCAUCGGACGCUGCUGCUUCUGUGGGCUGCCGCGGCCGCGGCACCUUCCACCCUCCCCCCACGUUUCUUAUUGUGCGCCUUUUUCUAUUCUUUCUUUGACUUUCUUUUCUUGCCCGCGGCCGCCCUGCGCCCCGUCACCUUCGCUACGCCCCCUUCCGUGCUCGCUUCCAGUGCCACCACGCCCCCACGUUCUUCUUAUCGUGCCCGCUCCCUUUUGUCUGUUCUCCUUGGUCCCGUUGACGAACAGUGCGGCGCGCGCGUGCGAGCGGGGCGUGGCGGCCAGCCGGAACGACCCGAAACCCAAAACAAGAAUCUUUCGCUGUACAGUUGUUUAUGAUAGAAAGAGUGCUCGUGUAAUUGUACGCGUACAGCUCACAGCAAUACAUUCC